GGGGUCUCGAGCUUUUGAUUUCUCCGUCCGCUUACCAGUCAGUUACUUAACCGUAAAUGAACAGAGGGUCGCACAUUAGGAGAAACAACGCGAUAGGAAACAUUUGUUAAUGGGAAUAACCAGGAAGCUUGCGACUAACUUAAUAAGUUAUCAGAGUUCAAUUAGACACCAACACAAGGUAAUAAUGUCACGACGACUUCAUGCACGCAGAACAGACGGUGUGGAUAAAAACAUCUGGGGCAACAGUCACUCAAAAGGCAGGGGCCAUCCUCCUCUUGUAAAAAAUCUUGCUAAAUUCUUCAGUAGGAUUGUGGGACAUGAGAUUAAUCCUCUUGAAGACGUCCUGGUCACAGUUGGAGCUUAUCAGGCUCUCUUCUGUGCAUUUCAAGCUCUGAUUGAUGAAGGGGAUGAGGUCAUAAUUGUUGAACCAUUCUUUGACUGCUACCAGCCAAUGGUGAAGAUGGUUGGAGGAAAGGCAGUCUAUGUACCUCUCAGGCCAAAAGUUGAGGGAAGCACCGUCCUGUCAAGUGCAGACUGGGUUCUUUCUGCUGAGGAGCUGGCCAGUAAAUUCACUCCACGCACAAAAGCCAUCGUUAUCAACACUCCCAAUAACCCACUGGGCAAGGUUUACAAGACUGAAGAGCUGCAAAUGAUUGCUGAUCUGUGUAUCAAACAUGAUGCGCUGUGCAUCAGUGAUGAGGUGUACGAGUGGCUGACUUAUGAUGGAAACAAGCAUGUAAAGAUAGCCAGUCUUCCCGGCAUGUGGGAACGAACAAUCACUAUUGGCAGUGGAGGAAAGACCUUCAGUGCUACUGGCUGGAAGGUCGGCUGGGUCAUCAGCUCUGGGCACAUCAUCAAACACUUGAAAACCAUCCAUCAGAACUGUGUUUACCACUGUGCUACAGCUGCUCAGGAGGCAGUCGCUCGUGGAUUUGAGAGAGAAUACGAGCUGUUUGGGACUCCAGAGAGUUACUUCCAGCAGCUGCCUGCAUUGUUGCACCAGAAGAGAGCGAAGCUGGCCUCGUGCCUGGAGAGUGUGGGUUUGCAGCCCAUCAUGCCAGAGGGAGGCUAUUACAUGAUGGCAGACAUCUCCUCUGUCAAGGUGGACAUCAGUGACCAGACCACUAAGGAUGAACCCAAUGACUUUAGAUUUGUUAAGUGGCUAAUUAAAGAAAAGGGUUUAGCAACAAUCCCCGUCUCUGCAUUCUACAGUCCAGAGCACAGCAAGGAGUUUAACAAAUACAUCCGAUUCUGUUUCGUUAAGGAGGACUCCACCUUGAACGCAGCAGAGGACAUCUUGAGAAAGUGGAGUCAGGAACAGUAAAACCGACCACGAUGCAAAGUAUUACCCGUCCAUAAAGACCUCUCCAGGCUGCUCUCUGGGUUGCCUCCUCUGUUAAAAUGAGCCAUAUUCAGUGUUUCAGUGUGUGCUUAUGACACAAUCAGGUACUUUUUGCUUUUAAUGAACAGGACAGAGUUGAAUGGGGUGACAGAGAGAGAGUGGGGGAUGACAUGCAGCAAAGGGUUGCAAGCCGAGAGUCGAACCUGUGACCACUGCAGCGAGGCAUCACCUCUAUACAUGGGGCGCCGGCACUAUCCACUACGCUACUGACACCCCAGGCACAGUCAGGAACUUGAAGACAACGUCCACUUUGUCCACUCAGUUUGUCCUACUGCUGUUGUGAAAACAAUCUUGUAUGCAAUGAUUCUUAAGCGCUUAACUCUGAAAGGAAAAAAAUAUCAAUGUUAUGAUUAUGUUGCAGUAAUUUUAAAGGAUAUGUUUUUUGUUUUGUUUUUUGUUUUCUUGUAUGAUGUCCUCUAACUGUAUUGCACAAUUUAACUGCAGAUAUAUUUCUCCUGAAUCAAACUAACAAAAA